CACGUGAUUUAAAAUUACGUAAUUCAUAUUCAAACCCGUUAUUCGGCGCGAAAAGGCGGAGGAGAGAAGGUGAAGAUGGAAGCAGAAGGAGGAGGAGGCGGUAAUUCGGUCACGGGCAACUCGUCGGACUCGGGUAGCGGAGGGAUCAUAGACGUCAGCACCGUCAGCUCCAACUUUAACGCUCCUACGCCUCAAACCAGUGCCAGUGGUUGCAUGCACGGUGGCGAGGAAGACAAGAGGAGCUCGGGGAAGAAUGCGUGUCCUCAAUCAGUUGAGAAAGUAUGGUUUACAGAUACUUCGACAGGAGUUUGGCUACUGGAGGAGUCCGGUGGUUGCGAAAUCCCCGAUGAGUUUCUAGAUGUCAGUCUCGAGAGUGAAGAAGAACAAGAUUGUGAUGAGAACUCAAACGAUGAAGAAUACGAAGGGGGCGGGUCGAGGGACAAUGAUGGAGGAAAUGGAGGUUCGAGUGAUGCCGGAAAAGCCGCGGAAACCGCUCAGCUCUGUGGCUGGGUGCCUCCACAGUGCUGUCUCAUUCCCUUGCCGGAAAAUCCGGUGGGGCUCAGCGACGACGAGGGGAGAGGGAGGGGAGGGAGGAGAGGGGAAGGUCGUCGGCGACAGACCCCUCUCUGAGAGCGAGCUACAGAGGCAACACAAGCGAGAACUUGAGGUGCUUUUUGGGUUCAAGCCACCAUCAACGCUGCAACAGAGUACUAAGGAUGAGGAAGCUCUGAUGGCUGAAAGGAAGGAAUGCGAAGAUGGGAAAAACGAGGGAGACGUGUUUUGUGAGGAGAAUAACAGAGAGAUGGUAGUGAGGAAUGUGGCCAAACCUCGAUCCAACUCUGCCGAUUCCGGCAUGGUGAGCAUCAGUCCUCAUUCCAGUGAAGGUGGCGACGUGGAACAGAGACACAGCCGGAACCAGACUGUGAUAUUGGCGCCGACGGAUGAACAGACACGCGACCAAAAGGUGGAAACGUCGCCCGACAAUCCCAGGGCUGAAAAUAUGGACAGUGCUCAAGAACCAAAGCCAGAGUGUGGAGGCAAUGUGGAGAGAGGAGAAGAAGGAAGUAGUGGGGUUAGUUUGACCCCAGAGAGGUCUACUCAGAGGGCGUGUCUCCAGGUCUCCAGACUCAGGACUCCCAGCGAGAAACUGCAGAAAUGCAGCGUCUUCUCUGGUUCUCCUGUAGUCUGCAGUGAACUGGAGGAGCUAAGGGAAGCGUCCAAGAUGACUGUCUUCCCUCCAGUCAUUUCAGCAUCCCUUUCACCACCCGCCACCUCUCAGGACACUCGUAGUCAAACCUUCACCAUCACCCCUCCCACCACCUCCUCCUCCUCCAACUCACCGACGAGGCAUUCCUCCUCCUCGUCAUCACAUCAUUCGGAGAAAUCGAGUGGCAGUCGCGACACCAGUCACAGUGGUUCUUCUGUCUCUUCUGUGGCCAGUUCGGCUGCUAGUCGCGAGGGUACUAAUCAACACCAGAAGAACAAAAGGAAAAUAGAAAAGAAAUCAACAAGCAAUAGGGUCGGUAAACCUGCAUGUCGUGGUGCAUUGGGCUACAAGGCAGGCACAGGAGCUCCAGUUGUCAAGGUUGUGAAGAGGCCUCUGUCAAAACUGAAGAGCCUACUCCCCACAUCAGCCGUUCCCUCUGCACUCCCAUCGCAAGUCAAGAAACCCCCGGAAACAAAACGUCACACGAAUCUCCCUGAACUCCAGAAUGUUCCGGAAACCGGAGCUGCAAUGCCCAGAAGGACCAGUGCUCCUAGUAUCACUAGCAACACGAAGAGUUCGGGAUUGGUCCAGCCUGGGAAGAAGAUCCCCAGAAGAUCUCUGGACACUACGGGGCCGCUCAAACCCGCCAGGAACACGUUUGUCAAACCGGCCAAUCCAAACCCCAUCAAAGAAGCAGUUGCCAGACUGUCUACUGCUACCAACCCUGCAACUGUGUCUAGGUCGGCUAACACUGCAAGUCGUGCUGGUGUAACAACCACACCAACACGUGGUAGGGGCCCGGUAAAGACGAAAUAUAACCCCUCCACACCCAACAACAGACUACGAGUAAACGUCAAGCAACCAAUCUCUAGUACUAAUGCCGGGCCUCAUCUUCCAUCCACAAGUGCAUGCAACACCACUAAACCUCUGUCUAGUGGCACCGUUGCACCAGAGUUGGCGGUCGGUGCGAAGUCUUCAAACAAGUCAACUGGUCUGAGUACGUCCAUUGUGUCGAGUGGCUCGCCUUCUGUCCAGCAGUCAACACCAAUGAACCAACUGUCACACUCAAGAGCUGCAGCAGGUACCGUAGUCAAGGCGGCGAACAGGACGGUGACAAAGGACAGCUCUACUGCGGCUGCUCGGCGGUGUGGGGAGGAGACUGGCUGCAAUGGUGGUGGGAUUCCGAACACCCCAAGGAGCUCCAUCGCCUCAACUCCCAGUCGCAGAGUCCGUCCAAAGUUCAGUCUCAGCAGUAUAGACUCGACAGGAAGUGGACCGACAUUUCGCCCACCUCCUCCGCCGGCUGCUCUGGGUGACACCUUCACAGAGGGGCCCAAUGAGGCCGCCGUCCAAUCCACCCCCAAAUCACCACGGAGGAACAAACGUCGCUCCUUCAUACCCACCCCAUCCAGACAGAAUGAAAGCAGAGAUGUUUCUCUUCUGGUGUACAACUCUGACAGCAAUCCGAUUGGUCACCAGAGUACCGAUCGCCACGACAACAGCCUGGUGAAGCAGUCGUCACUCAAACCAACUGACGGUGGCGGUGCUGGAGCUGCGCCCGCUGUGGAAGCAGGGAGACUAAGAACUCUGGUUCCCAACCCGCGACAGAGGCGACCACUGCUGUCUCGAAACAGACUGACUGCUGGAGCUGGCGGCGGGCUAGGAAAGAGACAGCCUCUUAGAGGACAAGAUGGACCACUGAAGCCUGCGAAUGCUUACAAGUUCAGCAGCAAAGGAUUAGGUGAAAACUCUGAGCCCACUGUGCCCUCUGCGAAGGUGGUGCACUCUCCAGUCAACAAAGACGACCAACCCAACACUCCCCACUCUGCCUGGUCUCCUGUACGUCGGAAACCCGUUGCCGAGGGAGAAGCUUGCUUCCAGUGCACAAAGAGAGGCUAUCGGAACUAAUGGCAGAACACACCCACCGUUAGACUAUGUAUAUGUAUAUAUGUACAGGUAAGUAUGUAUAAUGUUGUAUGUGAAUUUGUGCUUUUGUGUAUAUUAUUAGUGCUGCUAUGUAUAGGUUUGCUCAUGGUUUAAUAGAGGAGAGUGAGUGACAGCAAAUGAUACGAGCCAACCUAGCUAGUCUUCCAAAGCCUUUUAGCAGCUUGUGUACC